UGCGGCGUGAAUCGCACGCCCAACGAGCAGCCGUGAGGAGACAACGUCCUACAAAGUAUAACGUUAUAAAGUAAUCACAUAUCUCUGGAAAAGAACUUUAUUAAAAUUUAGCACGUUUUUUCCGCGAAUUAAAAACGCGGAAAAGGAAUUACUCGCAACGGAGGAGCAAGGCGGAAGCAACAACGUAACUUCAACGCAAACGUUGUGUGCCGAAAGUUAGUACUUACAUUACGUGUACCGGCAAUGCCGGAAAACUUGGGGAAAGUUCGCACCGCGCUAUCCCGGCUAAAGCCGGGUGAAUGUUUUUCUCGCACGGGGAAUCGCACGCAGGGCCUUAUCUCGCGCGGUCGUUCCUUUCGGUUUGCGGUGUAGAGGCACUUUUUCCUCGAAACGUCCCGUUUUAACGCGUUCGGACGUGCCAUUGUUCGCGCUCGGCGAGCAUGCUUCGUCACUCGUGCAAAAUUUCUAUAGAAAAAGGUAUCCUCUAAUUCUCCACGAUGUCCUUGAAUCGUGGACAAACAAUUCGAAAAUUCUAAAGGGAAACGACGGAAGCUAUACGAAUGUCCGAUGGGUAUAAAUUUUGUCUUCGCAGGUAUAAGAUUAACGGUCGUGUGUAUACACCGCUUUCAAAAUUCCGUACUCGAGACCCUGAUGGAGUUUGGCGCAAAGUGAUUUCUUCCCCCCUUCCUCCCGGUAGAAUAUAUCUCUCGGUAUCUCUCGCCGUCGCAGAUUCCUGGAAAGCGAUGUAUAAUAAGCGAUGUAUAAGCAGGAUAACACGGCGACGGCGAUAUGAGGGCGAUACGCGCUUCGUCAUCCGCACGCUCGGUAUACGCGGUUGUGAUAAGAUUACGUCCGCAGUACACGACAGUUUCGUGCCCGGUUAAGACGAAGCGACGACGAUCCCGUAUCGCAAACGCGAAAACGCUCAGGGAAAGCGAUAAUGUCGGACGGCGAGGCCGUCGACGUCGGCUCCUCUACGUCAUGACGCAGGCCGUGCAGGCUGUCCGUGCCGGGACCUGGCUGGUCGUCCUCGUCCUCGACGCGAUCGCGCUCGGCGUCGCCCGCGCGGGAUGGUGCCCGUCAUUGUGCGUGUGCGAUACCUGGUACGAUUUGCAGCACGCCUCGUGCACCGGACGCCAUCUUUAUAGCAUUCACACAGGUGCGCCGAGCGACGUGCAGGCCCUGGAUCUGUCGAACAACUCGAUAUCCGUUUUAAAUAAUUACGAACUGGCGGAAGCAGGGUUGACGGAGCUUAAAUACCUCAACCUGUCUGUAAAUGCAAUUAGCGAAAUUGGCUUAAACGCUUUUGAUGGAUUAUCCGAGUUAACGGUUUUGGAUCUAUCUCGAAAUCACCUUUACUAUCUCCUGUCGGAUAUUUUCGUGCCGGCAAAAAGUUUGCGAAUUCUACGAUUGUCGAAAAAUAAUUUCAAUUCUCAUGUACCGAGACUGGAGUGCCCCUGGCUCACGGAAUUAACUCUGGACUCAUGUCGAAUUAGCCAUGUACCGGAAGAUAUGUUCGACGGACUUUCGCAUCUUCGUACCCUUGAUCUUUCAAAUAACUUGAUGAUUCAAUUGGACACCGUUGCCCUUAAACCGUUAACAUUUUUAAGAAGAUUAUUAAUAGAGGGAAAUCCCUGGUCUUGCGACAAGCUUACGCGUGACUUGCAAGUAUAUCUAACCCACAGGAAUAUACAGUAUUAUGCAGUAUGCGAAAAAAGUGUGGAGCCGAAGAAAUUUGAAAAAAUGAUCGUCUACAACCCACGGAUUAAGCACGAGAAGCAUCGGCCCUUAAUAACUUCGAACACCAAGAAAAACGUGACAAAGAAGCAUCCUGUGCCUACGUCGACGCACAAAAAUACAGUUGCUCAUGUUAAUGCGACAGACGAGGUGAACUUUACGAAAACGUUCAACUCCGUAUUGCCGUAUUGGUUCCUCGCGGCCGGAUUUUUACUCGGUGCCUCGUGCGGUAUGUUCACCUGUUACGUUUGGCUCACAAGGAAGAUAUCUUGUUGUCGCGGAUGUCGCAGACAAAGCAAUAAUGAUGCUCAAAGAGUAUCGUUGCUGCAGAAUCUAUGGCAAUUUGAGGAUUCUGCCGUUAACGAUAACGCAAUAUCUUAUCCCGAUACUCCACCGCCGCCGUAUCGCGAAGUCAUGCUGCGACCAGGACUCUAUCGUAACGCAUCGGGGUUACAACAAAUUUAAAUAAUAACGUUGCCACAAAUAGUACGGGAUAUACUUAGGUUCUAAAAAUGAGAUAUUAUUAUACUGUUGUAAAUUGUGUGAUUUGUUGCUUUGAAAUUUAGUGCACGGAGAAGCAUGUUGAUCCUAUAUUUAUUAUAUUGUUUGUAAAAGGUAUUAGUCUUGCGGAAGAUAGAAUGGUAUUGACUUUUACUCCAAGUUACGUGUUUAUAAUAAAACUACUUUAUACAAAGAA